UAUUAUAUUAUACUAUUGUUGCUCUAUUUUUUAUUGUAUGGAGAAAAAAAUAGAUGAUUGAGGAGAACAACAUGAGAAAGAAAUGAAGGGAGUUGUGAUCUUUUUUGGUCUGCUUCUACUCACUCAAACUAUCACUGAAGCAAGGAAUCAUCAUCAUCAUUCCAAGCACCACCAAGGUUCACCAGAAUCACAAAAGAGAGGAACAAGUCAAAGAAGAAGUAGAAGAAGUAGUAAUAGAGGAAGAAGUAGAUGCAGAGGAGAAGGAAGAAGAUCAUGCUGUGACCCUUUAUUCCAAUACCUAUUUGAUGCUUGUGGCCAAUGGCCUUUUUCAACUUCUCCUUCUCCAGACAACCCUUUUUUACCAACACCUAGGCCAAGGCCUAGGCCACCAUCUCCACCCCGAAAUCCUCCACCUCUGCCUCUGCCACCACCGAUCCUUACUCCUCCCCCAGUUCCAAUACUGCCACCACCAUCAAUUCCAACUCCAAUCCUUUCACCACCACCACCAGCUCCUAUCUUUCCACCACCAAUUCUCCCAUUUCCACCUGUACAACCUUCCCCAUCACCACCGCCAUUGUCUCCACCACCAUUGCCACCAUUGCCUCCAUUGCCGCCACCAGCAGUAAUUCCUCCUCCUCCUCCACUGCCUACUCCCUCACCGCCACCACUGCCUGUAUCCCCACCACCGUUGCCUCCACUGCCUCCAUUGCCUACACCCUCACCACCACUGCUUCCGCCAUCUCCACCUCCACCGCCUUUGGUUCCAUCACCCCCACCCCCAUUGCCUUCCCCUCCACCACCACCCAUAUUCCUACCACCACCUAUUCCAUUCAUAGAUUCUCCAACACUACCAUGGACAUCACCUCCUCCUGAUGGAGUUCCAAUAGUACUUUCACCUCCUCCUGAUGCAGUUCCAUUAGUACCUUCACCUCCUAUUGUUCCCACACCACAGGUACCGGAUUUCUUUCUUCCCCCGCCUACACCAGAUUUGCCACCACCUGAAGACUUUACUCCAGCUCCACCUCUUGUCCCAUUAUUUUCUCCACCAACUGAGCCUCUGUUACCACCCGAACCCCCAUUUUCUUUUACACCAAAUGAACCCCUCUUACCCCCGGAACCCCCAUUUUCUUUAACACCAACUGAACCGCUGUUACCACCUGAACCCCCAUUUUCUUCAACACCAACUGAACCGCUGUUACCACCUGAACCGCCAUUUUCUUUCACACCAACUGAACCGCUGUUACCACCUGAACCACCAUUUUCUUUCACACCAACUCAACCCCUUCUACCACCUGAACCCCCAUUUUCUUUCACACCAACUCAACCCCUUUUACCACCUGAACCGCCAUUUUCUUUCACACCAACUCAACCCCUUUUGCCACCUGAACCCCAGUUACCACCAUUUUCUUUCACACCAAAUGUACCAGAUGCUGGGGUGAUUGCACCACCUGAAUUACCCGUCACACAGGAACCACCAAAUAUCUUUCUGCCACCUCCGAUUCCAGAAAAUCCACAGGAACCACUUCAGUUUAAUGAGCCAGUGCAACAGCUCCCACCAUCACAGCCCUUUCUGUCUCCAAUUCAGCUUCCACCACCUUCUUUUGAUUCACCUCCAUUUGGAAGCUAAAUAGUUAACUCUGUUUUUUUUUUUUUUUUCUGGUUUUCUAUGAUAUCUUCCUGUAGUCUAUUUCAAUAAUAUCUACCAGUUCUUAA